AUGAGGGAAUUUAUUUUUGGAUGUACAAAUUUUCCAAAACCUUAUAAUACAAUUUCUCUAUGUACCGAAGAAGAUGAUGAUAGUGUUAAAGUGAAUGUUUCAGAUGCGUUUUUCAAAAAAAUAUAUAAAAACUUCAACGAUUUACGAUCGAAAUGUCAACUCUGUGAUACGGUUUUAAUAGUGGAAAAUAGGAGAUUAAGCGCACAUAAAGUGGUGUUGGCCGCCGCAAUUCCAUAUUUCAAUGGAAUGUUUACAUGUCAUAUGAUUGAAGAAAAAUUAACGGAAAUUUCAUUACCAUAUAUGCAAUACGAUGUCGUCGAGAAACUAGUUAAUUUCGUAUAUACGGGAGAAUUAGCAAUAACCACUAAUAAUGUACAAUCUUUAAUGAUGGGUGCAAGUUUCUUUCAAUUAAUGCAGGUCGUCAAAGAAUGCUCAAGAUUUUUAGUGCAGCGCCUUCACCAUACGAAUUGUCUUUCAAUUUACGAAUUUUUCAAAUUAAUGGGUGCUCCGAAAUGGGCAAUUACAAAAGCGGUUUCGCAUGUCAUAAAAUAUUUCUUGGUGGUCUCAAGAGAUGAGGAGUUCUUGAAGACUCCGUUAGAAACGAUUCUAGAUCUUUUAUCUUAUGACGGAUUAUACGUGGAUUCAGAAGAGGACGUGUUUUUAGUUGCGAUUAAUUGGCUAGAAGCAGAUGAAUCGCGACACGGCGAUGCGGCCAAAGUUCUUUCAAGACUUCGACUUCCCCUCCUGCGUCCUUGCUUUUUAGCAGAUAUGGCCGAGCAUCCAAUUUUAAAAAAUGAUCCAGAGUGCCAAAAGCAAAUCGAACUUGUAAGAGAAGCCAUGCUUCACCCUGAGCGUCGAAAGCUUCUUCCUCCGCAUUUGUCAGUGGAGAGAACGUGUUAUAAUGUGCCGUCUAUGAUUGUUGUUUUAGGGGGAUUAAUGCCAGCUGAAGGCUCAAAAUCAUCGGUGGAAAUAUUCGAGCCAUCGGAAAAAAUGUGGAAAGCUGUGAAGGAGAUGGUCACGUUACGAUCUCGAAUUGGAGUUGCUGUUCAUAAACGACAAGUUUAUACGAUUGGCGGAUUCGAUGGGCAAGAUCGUUUGACAGUAGUCGAAGUAUUUGAUUACGAUACGAGCACCUGGUUUUCGCUUCCUCCAUUAAAACAUAAACGAUCUGCUCUUGGUGCAGCAUUCCUCGAGAAAAAACUGUAUGUUUGCGGUGGCUAUGACGGCAUCGAAAGUUUGCGAUCGGUUGAGGUUUACGAUCUUGAGCAAGGUUAUUGGAAAGACGGCGUAGACAUGUACAAACAGAGAAGCGCUGCUGGCGUUGCCGUGUUGCAUGGCGAACUCUACGUGUGCGGAGGACAUGAUGGAUUUCAAGUGUCGAAUUCGGUUGAGAAGUAUAAUCCAAUACUUGAUAAAUGGAUUCCGAUUCCUGGAAUGAAGGUGGAACGAGCUCGUUUAGGAGCAGCAACUUAUAAAGGGAAACUUUAUGUUGCUGGAGGAUUCAAUGGAAACGAGUUUCUUCGGAGUGUUGAAGUCUAUGAUCCAAGAACGGGUAGCUGGUCGUUUGUGGAAUCGAUGAAAAUGAAGCGAAGUCGGGUGGCGUUGGUCGCCAAUGUCGAUGGACUCUAUGCGAUUGGCGGAUUCGACGGCUCAACCAAUUUGUGUAGCGUCGAGAAGUAUGAUGUUGAAAAGGACACGUGGACGAUAGAACCCUCAAUGGCGACACAUGAAGGCGGUGUCGGCGUUGGAAUGAUUCCCAUCCCCCCUCAUUUGCUAUCCUGA